GUUUAAAUAAGGCGACAAGCCAACUGACUUAAUUUAUUUAUUUUUGAAAAGUUAUACAAAAUAAUCGCAUAUGGAUUUUCAUUUUAUUUAGAUUUUUCUUGAGGUCUCAAUUUAUCAAAUGAAAACAAUCGAAAGUAAUAAUCCGAGACGGGGCGGCUUUAAGAUGGUUAGCAGAGAUUGGAUGCCUGUGCUUUUCUGCGGCUUAUCAAUUCCAAUUUCAUUGUUCAUGUGGCUGGGCAACGUAGCUUUCUCUAAAUUUUGGACCAACGAGUACAAUGAGAGCCACGUCAUCGCACCCACUCGAUGGUUCUUUUCAACGCUGGCGCCGCUGACGCUAAUGACUGUAGCGUUGCAUCGACGCUCGGUGAGCCGGUCUGGCGCGGCACUAGGCCUUGUUGUUGCCUUCACUUUAUCCGUAGCCAGUCAUCCGUUCUUUGCAAGCUUGGUAGUAUUCUUCUUCAGCUCCUCACGCGCCACCAAGUUUCGUGGACAUUUGAAGCGCAAAUUCGAGCAUGACUUUAAGGAAGGCGAAGGUCAGCGAAAUUGGGUGCAGGUACUGUGCAAUGGCGGCAUGGCCACACAGUUGGCAAUACUUUAUCUGAUUGACUGCGGCAGCGGGGAACGUUCCAUAGACUUUGCCAAGGAAUACCGUUCAAGUUGGCUGGGCAUCGCAGUAAUGAGCGCUUUUGCUUGCUGCAACGGCGAUACAUGGUCCAGUGAAUUGGGAAGUGUGCUAUCUCCGCGCGAUCCUAUUUCUAUUAUCAGCUGGCGGCGCGUGCCACGAGGAACCAACGGUGGCAUUUCGUUUAUUGGCGUGUUGGUCAGUUUGCUGGGCGGCUUGAUCGUCGGCCUGGGAUACUUUGUCACUGUACGGUAUACGGUGGAGGCUAAGAUGCUGCUUGUCAGCCCACCACAGUGGCCUAUCAUCAUGUACGGAGGCAUAGCCGGUCUCUUUGGCUCGCUGCUGGACUCUGUGUUGGGUGGUCUAUUGCAGUACUCUGGCAUCAAUGAACAGGGGAAAAUUGUGGAUGCCCCAGGCAAAGGUGUACGCCACGCGUGACCAUGCCUAUGCUGGCGCUUAAAUUUUGGCCGGUUCGCUAAGAGCUUUAAUCUUAGCACCCCUCCAUCUAACAACAUAUAUAAAAUAUAUUUUUGUACUAUUUCCAAACGCCAAGCGAAACCAAUAGACUCAUGUGCAAAAACGAAAUUGCAAACCACGUAAAUUUUUAUUUUUACAAUACUCUGUUGUAAGGCGCUGCUGUUCACCUUCCAUUUUUUGAUGUGGAAACUGCAGCCCGCCGAUUGUUGUAAAUGUCAAAUAUAUAUUCUAGUGUAACUAAUGUGCCGUAAAUUUUAUGAAAGAAUGAUUAAUGUUUUAAGAUGUCUUAAUGGCUGAUAUUAAGCUUCUCAAACGCAAGAAGUAAUAAUAUAUACAUAUUUUGAAAAUUAA